CGUUUUUGACGUCGAAUGUCAGUUUUCGAGAAGUAGUGAUAAAUAGUUAAUAUUUUUUACUUUUAUAUAUCAAUAAUGCCUUAUUGGUACUACGAUAAGAAGGAUCUGCAGAAUACGCCGUCAUUUCGCGAUGGAAUUAGCACUGAAACAGAAAAUCGGUAUCGAAAAGAAGGUGCAAGGUUUAUUAUUGACACGGGAUCGAAGAUGGAUUUAGGUUAUAACACAGUUGCUACGGGUGUUGUUUACUUCCACCGAUUCUACAUGUUCCACUCCUUCAAGACAUUCCCAAGGUAUAUCACGGCGUGCUGCUGCCUGUUUCUUGCGGGCAAAGUGGAAGAAACACCUAAAAAGUGCAAGGACAUUAUAAAGGUUGCAAAGCCCUUGAUAUCUGAACAAAAAUUUAGUAGUUUCGGUGAUGAUCCUAAGGAGGAGGUGAUGACGUUAGAAAGGAUUUUGCUUCAGACGAUAAAGUUCGAUUUGCAAGUCGAACACCCCUAUGGAUACCUUUUAAAGUAUGCAAAAUGUUUGAAAGGAGAUAAAUCAAAGUUACAGAAAAUGGUGCAGAUGGCGUGGACGUUUGUUAAUGAUAGUUUAUGUACUACACUAUGCCUGCAAUGGGAGCCGGAAGUGAUAGCAGUGGCCCUCAUGUUCCUGGCAGGCAAGUUGAGCAAGUUUGAAAUAGUGGACUGGAAUGGCCGCACUCCAAAACAUAAUGCCUGGUGGGACAUGUUUGUUGAAGACAUCACUACGGACCUACUGGAGGAUAUUUGUCAUCAGGUAUUAGACUUAUACUCACCUCAAACGCAACAAUCUGGUGGGGAUUCACCAAAUGAGAACACUGCCAAGCAGCCAAAAAACGAGAAGAAGCCGCCCUCCGUUACACCGCCCGCUUCCGCGUCGCCUGUCGCCGCUGUCGCGAGUAAACCUGUCACCACGCCACUCAAAAACGGAGGCGAGACGAAGCCUGAGCCGCCUAAAAUGGAGCCAUUGAGGUUCACUUACCCCAGCUAUCCUGGAAUACCUUUCGCACCUCCAGUUUACAGUGCCCCUCCUCCCGGAGCGAUGCACACCGUCCCUGCCCAUGUACCUCACAGCGUUCCUCCCACACAUCCUGCACCCCCAAUGCAUCCUAUACCCCCUGUUCAUCCCCCUCCUCCACACACGGUGCCACCACAUACCCUGCCUCCACUAUCAUACCGGGAACCACCCCCAAGUCACCCCCGCUUCGGCGCUCCCGUCAGCGUCCCGCCUCCCAACUACUUCCCCCCAAUGCCGACGCGCGGCCCCCUCCACAGGACAUUGCUGCCCGGCCCACCCCCCAGACCUUAUUACCCACCCCCCUAACGCAAGGUUUAGGUUAAGAUAGAUUAAUAUUUUAUACAGAAUAAAUAGACUG